AUGAGUUUACAUACAUCAUGCAUGAACAGUGCAGAUGUGGAACUCACUGCAGUAAGAUACAAUGUACAGCGAGGUGACUAUGCUCAAGUCAGUCCUGAAGAUGUGAAGUUUUUUCAGAAUCUCUUGUCAUCAAGGGUUGUUACCGAUGAGUUUGAGAUAGCAAGAUAUAAUGAAGACUGGCUAAAGAUGUGUAGAGGGUCCAGUAAAGUUCUGUUGAAACCGAAGACAACAGAAGAAGUUUCUGACAUUUUGUCUUACUGCAAUUCACGUAACUUAGCUGUGGUACCACAGGGUGGCAAUACUGGAUUGGUCGGUGGAAGUGUUCCUGUAUUUGAUGAAAUUAUCAUUUCAACUGAUUUAAUGAAUGAAAUAAUUGGUGUGGACCAACUCUCAGGAGUACUGACGUGUCAAGCAGGGUGUAUCUUGGAGAAGUUGGAUGACUACGUAGCUGACUUUGGUUUUACUAUGCCGUUAGACUUAGGUGCAAAAGGGAGUUGUCACAUUGGUGGAAACGUGUCAACAAAUGCAGGUGGCAUUCGGUUAUUGAGAUAUGGAUCACUGCAUGGGAGUGUCUUGGGAGUUGAGGCAGUGCUUGCUGAUGGAACUGUAAUUGACUGCCUAUCUUCCUUGAGAAAAGACAACACUGGGUAUGAUUUGAAACAGCUAUUUAUAGGUUCAGAAGGCACCCUAGGUAUGGUAACAAAAGUAUCUAUAUUAUGUCCAAGAAGACCUAAGUCUGUCAAUGUAGCAUUCCUUGGAUGCAGUUCUUUUGAUGAUGUCUUAGCUACAUUUAAAGAUGCUAAAGGAAUGCUAGAAGAAGUUUUGUCAGCUUACGAAUUCCUAGAUCAUGAGUGCAUGAAAAUAAAUGUGAAAUAUCUGAAUAUGACAAAUCCACUUAGCGAUUAUCCGUUUUAUGUACUUGUGGAAACUUCUGGAUCCAAUGCUGCUCAUGAUGAGGAGAAGCUGAAUACGUUUCUGGAGACUGUCAUGGAGACUGGUCAUGUUGUUGAUGGCACCGUGGCAACCGAUAUAUCAAAGAUUAAGAAUAUAUGGUCUUUAAGGGAGAGCAUUGCUGAAGCAUUAAUGCAUGAUGGGACAGUUUACAAAUAUGAUGUCACAUUACCACAAGACCAAUUUUACGAAAUUGUUGAAGAUAUGCGUGACCGCGUUGGAGAUGCAGCAACUCGUGUUGUUGGUUAUGGUCAUGUUGGUGAUGGCAACCUCCAUCUCAAUAUCACCUCUCCUACUCAUAGUCCUACACUCUUAGCCAGCAUAGAACCAUUUGUCUAUGAAUGGGUUGCAAAGCAUUCUGGGAGUAUAAGCGCAGAGCAUGGACUGGGGUUUAAAAAGAAGAAUUAUAUUCAGUAUAGUAAAUCAAACUCGGCUAUUAAAUUGAUGCAAGAUAUGAAGAAAUUAAUGGAUCCUAAAGGAAUCUUGAAUCCCUACAAAACUGUACCAAGUCGCUGA